GCCGCUGCCAGACGCCCUCCGGCCCCCUUUCCGCCCCUCCGCGUGCUCCCACGCCUGGUCGCGCCCGCCCCGGGGCAGCGGCUGCAGAACCGCGCAGAGGCAGACACGCGAAGGGGCAGCGAGGCAAGGCAGAGCGUGGAUUUUUCUGGCACCUGAGUCCCAAAACCUCCAGAGAUUACUCAGCAGCUGUAAACAUGCAGAUUCUUUGAAGCAGUGCCUUGUAUUAACUAAUGUGCAUUUAAUAUUCAGUGGAUAAAAGUUCUGGAUUUUUUCUAGGCUACUCACAUUCCUUGGUUCAUCACCCCCUUUCUCCAUCUCCAAAGUUGGCAAAGGCAACGCCUUCACUACAAGGCCAAAUGAGGACACCCAACUUCCAAAGCUUCCCGUCUGCCCUACAGACUACAGCUGCCUGGGGCCAGAGACCCAACGGCGAGAUCCGCCAGCCAACCACCUCCAGCCAGUCGCAUCCACCCUCUCCUCCCAGUGCCCGCAGAGAAAGCUGGCUUCCCAUUGGGCCAACGUGAGGGCGUGGACAGCUCCCCGAUUGGUUUGGAGGAGGGGGCGGGAGAGAGGCGUACUCUGACGUCAUGCUCGCCGCUAAAGUAUACCUCUUGCUCCGGGUUAUGGGAGGGAGGGGAAGUCAGAAAGGGAGAAAAUAAACGGUAGUUUAUUUACCCGCCAGUGUAAGCCCUCUUACGGAGCGUGGGUUCCGUCCCAGCAACCAGGCGAGCUCCGCCCUCACGCCCCGCCUGCGCCGGGAAAUCAGGUGACCGCGGGCUGGCGCAGUCACGUGGCUGGGGCGCGCCCGCCCGUUGUGGCCAUGGCGGCCGCUGGUUCCAGUGUGGUGAGGCGAGUGGAAGAGCUCGGGGACCUGGCUCAGGCCCACAUACAGCAGCUCAGCGAAGCCGCCGGCGAAGAUGAUCACUUUCUAAUUCGGGCCUCUGCGGCUCUAGAAAAAUUGAAACUUCUGUGUGGAGAAGACAAAGAAUGUUCAAAUCCAUCAAAUCUUCUAGAACUUUACACACAGGCAAUCUUGGACAUGACAUAUUUUGAGGAGAACAAACUAGUAGAUGAAGAUUUUCCUGAAGAUUCUUCACAGAAAGUAAAAGAGCUGAUCAGUUUUCUUUCAGAACCAGAAAUUUUAGUUAAAGAAAAUAAUAUGCAUCCAAAACCCUGUGAUUUGCUUGGGGAUGAACUCCUGGAAUGUCUCUCUUGGAGACGGGGAGCCCUACUCUAUAUGUAUUGUCAUUCUCUGACCAAAAGGAGGGAGUGGCUCACAAGAAAAUCCAAUUUGCUUAAAAAGUACCUUAUUGAUGGAAUCAGUUACUUGCUACAGAUGUUAAAUUAUCGGUGUCCUGUCCAGUUAAAUGAAGGAGUUUCUUUCCAAGACUUAGACACAGCUAAAUUACUGAGUGAAGGAAUAUUUAGUGACAUUCAUUUGCUGGCUAUGAUGUACAGUGGAGAAAUGUGUUACUGGGGAUUGAAGCAUUGUGCAGAUCAACAGCCAGAAAAUUACGAAGUGGAUUCUGGUGUUUCUGGAGCAAGCUACACAACACAAAAAGAACCUCUGGAUUUCCGAGAAGUAGGAGAAAAAAUUUUGAAAAAGUAUGUAUUUGUGUGUGAAGGACCCCUGAAAGAGCAAGAAUGGAAUACAACAAAUGCAAAACAAAUUUUAAACUUUUUUCAGCAUCACACUAACCAGUAAGUUAUCUAUUCCUUUUCCAAGAGGAAAACAAAACAACCCAGGAAAUGGAAAAGUUUCAGAAAAGAAGACAUAUUGACACUGUUUAAGAAUGUUACACUACAUAAAGAUACCCAGCGUGGUUACCUAUUUUUAAUGCCAUCACCAUUUUUCAUUAUAUAUUUUUAAAUCUAUGAAAGAACGAUUCUUUAAUGUUUAAGAUGGCAUGUAUGUUAUUCUAACUCAGCCUGAACUGCAGAUGUUCUAUAACUAAUAAUAAGUAGGAUUAGAGUUUAGCUUUAUAAGUUUUAAUUAUUAGCUUUUUUGUGACAUAAAUUGACCAUUUCAAAUAUCUUCAGAUUAUUUUUAAAUCUGUCUUGAAGUUUGCUGUGCUUCAGAGAUUAAAAUCAAGUCAACUUAUCGCUUUAGAUAUAUUCUAAAGACGUAAAGAUUGGCAAAAUAAAAAAUUAUGACUAGUAUUCAGACUCCAUUUCCAGAAUAUAUAAAUAAUGAAAGAUGCUACAAAAGAAAUGUUUCAUUUUUUGUUUUACCACUACUCAUGGCAUUUACAAUUUUUAUGCUAUUGGGCAUUAAGUAAAAAUUUUCAAGUGAUUUUCCAAUUUUAUUUAAAAGAAAAUGGAUGGUUUAUCAAAUGAGUAAUGAAGAUGAAAUCAAGUUAGGUUAGUCCAUCAUUAACUUGUUUGUGUUUAGAGUGCCCCUUUUCAUAGGUAUUGAAAUUUUAAUAUUUUUGUCUUUAAUAGUAGAGAUGAGUGAUAAAGGCCAGAGAACCUAACUUGCUAUCUUGCUUAUUGUCUACCUCAACUCCUGUUGUCAUCUUGGGAUGAUCUAAUAAUUUGCUGAUAUCCUUGACUUCUGUUCCAGUGACUUCAUCACAUUCCAGGAACUUAACUCCCAUGGCUACACCUUGAAUGAAUAUCACCAUCCUGAGUUUUUCUUUCUGAAAUCCUUAAAUUUCAGUAAUUGAUGAUAAUUCAUAUCUUUCCAGCUUUUCACUUCCUCAUUUUUACUGAUUUUUCUUUCUCCUUUAUUUCUACUCUAUCUCUUUAGCUUCUUCACAGCCCCUUUUUCUUGACUCUUCUUCCUUCUCCUAAACCAUCAGCCCCUUUGAGAUUUUCUUCCUUCCCUAUCCAGCCUCAGCCUAAUAUGGGAUACCAGAUGAAGUACUCUUCACAGUCCCUUCAAGUCCACUGUCCCCUUGUCCUUCAGUCUGACCAUUCUGCAAGUGUCAGUGUUGAAUUAAUCCUGUCACCCACCUUUUCUGGAAUGCUGCAUCCCAUGUGAAAUACAUGCAGCCAUUGAAAGUGUAAUCCCUAUAAGUAUCUCAGCUUCGACUUUAGGAGAGCCCUCAGUACAAGCCUUCUGUUGGUUUCUGGUGUGGCUCCUCUCCUACCAUGGUGACUAAUCGAAACCUCUCCCUUUCCUCAUGAGGUCCUCUGUCCCAUCCUCUCCAUUAGCAUAUGGCUCUUGGUCCUAUCUUACAGAAAUUUAAGACUAUGAGGACAUAAACUUCUAUUUCUUGGCUUUGCCCUACUCAUUUUCCCCAUUUUUAGAAGAAAAGAGAUUGCCUGCACGCUGUUGAAAGCCAGUCUCUGCCUUUCCUCAUUUCCCCUGGGGCUUCUUUUUUUUCUGCCUACCUUUUAGGUAUUACUCUUCCCCUGGAGGUCUGUCCUUUUUCUCUUUAUCCCUCUUCUCCCCCUUUUCCUUUCUCUCUCUCUCUCUUUUUUAAACUUACUCUUAGGUGAUGUCAUUCAUAGCCAUGGCUGCUUCUGACACCUGUAAUGUUAAGCUUACUUCUAGACUUGCAACUUGAAUCCCAGCUUCUGCUCUCUGAGCCUUCUUUCUAACUGCCUAUUAAAUGUCUUCACUUAGAUAAUUUUAAAUUCAAUAUGUCCAAAUAACUAACCUUUGUCUUUAUCUAAAAUCUUUUUUGGUUCAUGUUUUUGGUGGUUUUGAUCUUUCACAGUGCAGGGCAAUAAGGAAUGCCAUAAUCUAGUUUCUGUCCACAUUCCCUGUUUUAUCUCUGUAAUGUAUCCUGUGUAAUCACGUCCUAGUCCAGUUCUAGUCCUCAAACAUUAAUAACCAGGCUCUUUUUUGAUAAAUAUGAACAUUCUGAUAGAGCAUCUUGGUAUAAGGAAAAUGUCUCCCUGUCUCUGCCCCAUCUUUUCGCUUAAUCUUAUGCAACUAAGAUUUUUAUUUAACGUUGCUUUUCAACAAGUUUCACUAUAAAAAUGCCUUUGUGUUUUCUAAGUAUAAAGAUUUACAUCAUUUUUAGUGUGAUUUUAAGAACCACAGACCACCCUCCCUGACUCUUUUUGGAGCAUCAUGGUCAAUUGUUAAUUAAACAGGUAACACUGCUUUAUAGUUCUUUAUGAGUUGGUGAACUCUGUAUUUAAAAAAAAAAAAAAUUAUACAUUGUGCUUAAUGAAUGGUAGGCCCUUAGUAUUUUUUUUUUUUUAAUUAAUAAGAGACAUGGUUCAUAAGUGCCGAACAUUGCACAAAAGGGUUGCUGCUAUUGGAUUCCAAACUGCCAUGCCCUUUAUACCAGUGGUUGACGAGGCAAAUAAGGAAUUACUCCUCAAGGGGGUCAAGUAUUGUAUAGAUUUAGAACUUGAGAAAACCAUAACUUUCUCUUCAGAAAUGGAAAUUUCCAUUUUGCCUUCGUGACCUUUGUGAACCACUUGGGUUCCUCACUGAUUGGUAUAGUUCUGAGGGUGCUACUGGGUGCUUUUUGUACUUUUCCAUCCCCCAACAAUUGGAGAAUAAUUUGUAGACCAUAGCAGUUACAAAUGCUCUUAACUGUGGUGUAUUACAAAACAAGGAACAACAGAUUUUUUUAUAUGUUAAAGCCUAAGUAAAUUCUAUUUCAUUUAGAAUGAAGUAUCUUCAAGAUAACAGAUACUCUGCAUAAGGAAAGCAGUAUAACUUCCUCAUCACUAAUUAUUAUGUGCCUACUACAUGCCAGGUUUCAUCUUAGGUAUUGAUGAUAUAGCUUUGUAAAACACCAAUUUUUUGGAGUUUAUAUUCUAAUGGAGGAAGUUAACACAUUUAACAAAAUAAACUUAUAGUGUAUUAAGUGGUUAACACUAUAAAUAAAGCAGGGUAUAGGGCUUGUUACAAUCUGGAAAGUAGUACUAUAUUAUUUAAGGUGGUUGGGAAGGCACCUGUGUACUUCAGCAUUGGUGGUGUCAAAUUCUGACCCUUUGGUUAAAUACCUUGCCAUCCAGUACAUUCAUAAAGGUUUUUUCUGAUACAGAAUUAAGGAAUAAGUCAUUACUUAAGACCUUUUUACUUUGAUUACAUUUAAGGUGUUUUCUCCAGUGUGGGCUUUACUCAUGAGUGAGUGACAACCUAAAGGCCUUAUUGUGUUUAUUACACUGUUUAUUACACUGGGGGUUUCUCUACAUUUUGAGUUCUCUGAUGGUUACAAAAACUUAAACUCUGUUAAAGGAUUUUUGCAUAGUCCUUAAAUUUGUGUGGUUCUUUCCCAGUGCAAAUUAGGAUGAUGAUGAUAAUAAGUAGGUUUUGAAACUUAAAGGCCUGUCUGCUUUGUGGCAUUUAUACGGUUUCUGGCUACUGUUGAGUUGUGUGAUGUUGAUUAAGGUGUAAAUCAUGACAAGACUUUCCCUCAUACCUUUGCAUACAGUAGAGUGAGGUGAGAGUUAUGGCUAAAAGCCUGCAAUAAAAUUACAUUCCAACUUUUACACUCACUCUGUGGAUUCUAUGAUGUUCAUUAAUGUGGGAAAUGUGUCUAAAGGUAAUUCGCAGAUUUAUUUUAAUGGCAUUUUUAAAAGCCCACAACUGGAUGGCAUGCUAGUUUUGGAUUACGUGUCACUUUUCUCUUGCCAUCUUUCAGGAUUCUGUUCCUGGCUCUAAUAAGGAUACCUUAUCUGCAACAGAAUCCAGGAUUCUGUAGUUCUCUAGUGUCACUUCCUUGUAUUAUUUUUGACACAGUAUGAGAUAGUAUGUUAUUGGAAGUAUUAUAUUAAAAUACAUUCAGUGUAUCUGCAAUUAAAGUAUUUGUUAUGUAUUCAUGCUGAUGUUCUUUGCUGUUUUUUGUUUUCCUACUUCUAGUGGAGAUUUCCAAAUGUUUUGGAGCAAAUAAAAAUUUUUUUU